AUGAAUGGAAUAAACGGGCUGCCUCGUCUAGCCUUGGCCGAUUUAUGUCUCGCGGCACUGUCUCGUGAAGACAUAACACGAUUAACACUGGACGUGGAUUCGAAGACGAUGUUACCUUUGAUGCCGACGAAGUACUCUCAGCGCACGAGUACGAACGGGAGUGAACAGAACUACUACGACUGGGCGCCUUUAUUCGACACCGUUAAGCCGGAUUCGAAAUUCUUACCUGAGGUGUAUCAUAGUUUUCCUAUAGCGAUUACAGUGGUCUUGGGUGUGACCAUACCGAUUGUUGCAACGUUGCUCUUGUUGUUGUUAAGAUUAGUAGGGUUAAGGACUUAA